AUGCCACCUAAGAAGAACAAGAAUACUUCAAAACCAGAGAAUCCUGAUGGCGAAAUCAGCGCCGAAGUUACGGAAUCGACGAAUGAGAAAGCAACUCUCAAAGCACUCCUAGAUAGUCGCCUGAACAAACAGUCUGACCAUCUGAAUAAUCUAUUCUUAAAGUUUUUGAAAUCUACAAAAAGCGACUUGGAUGAAAUAAAACAAAGUCAGGACUUUUUAAGUUCUAAAUUUGAUUCCUUAGCUACAUCAGUGAAUGAGCUUCGAGCCGAAAACAACGACCUACGCACAUGUAACGCUCAGUUAACUGAUCAAAUGAAGAGCCUACAACAGAAAGCUGAUGCAUCUGAAGAUGAAUUAGAAAACCUAAAGCAAUAUAUCCGAAGAGAUAUGCUAGAAAUUCACGGUAUUCCUGUCACUGAGGGCGAAAAUACGAACAAUAUUAUUUUAAACAUUGCUAAGCUCGCUGAUCAUACAUCCACACUGAAGCAAGACAUCUCAAUCAGUCACCAUUUACCCUCUCGCCAAGGUCAAAUCCCAGCUAUUAUAGUUAAAUUUGGCCAAAGAGACACCAGAGAUAAAGUUUACAAAAUGAGGCGUAACCUGUUUACAAAAACCUCAGCUGACCUCGGUUUCCCUGAAGAAUCUCGUAUUUAUAUCAACGAAAGCCUGACACAGAAAGGUAGAGACUUGUUAUGGGCAGUUAAAGAGUAUAAACGGGAGAACCGCUAUAAAUAUGUCUGGAUAUUUGGUAAAGUUUUCCUUAAGAAAGAUGCCACUCCUUCUUCACAAGUUUUCUCCUUCACGUCAAAAAAAAACUUUGAUCAAUUAAAAGCUGGACUCAGUUCUCAUCGAUGA